AUGGCUCAGGUGGCUAAUGGUAUGCGUCAGCCGUUGCUACAGCUGCUCCGCGGCCCGAGUGGAAAGCUGUGGGAGGUUUGUAUCGGUCUGGAGGUGCAUGCACAAAUACUGAGUAACUCUAAGCUCAUGAGUGGAGCUGCUGCAGCAACACUGUCGUCUGCACGACCCAAUCGCAACGUGAGUUUUUUCGACGCAGCACUGCCAGGCACACUGCCAGUAAUUAACCGCGAAUGCGUGCACCAAGCCAUCCGCACGGGAUUAGCACUGGAUGCUACAAUUCAUAUGCGAAGCCUUUUCGAGCCAUCCGGAGGUGUGCUGCACUUUGAGUUGCCAGCUUCGUCUGUGGAAAAAAAUGAGGCGCUCAAGCAGUGGAAAGCAAAGCAGACAAAAAUGCAGCAGCAGGAGAUGAUUUCAAGAUGUGUACGGAUCACACGGAUUCAGAUUGAGCAGGAUUCAGGCAAAAGUAACCAUGACUUGGAGAAAGACAGUACGGUAGUGGACUUGAAUCGUGCUGGUACAGCGUUGUUAGAAAUUGUUUUGGAGCCAGAUCUGCGUAGUCCUCUCGAAGCGGGACGAGUCCUUUUCAAGCUGCAACAUUUACUGCGUCAUUUGGGCGUUUGCGAUGGUAAUAUGGAAGAAGGUUCUAUGCGUUGCGAUUUGAACGUGAGUGUGCGACCGAUUAACCUUGGAGUGGAAGCUGAUAUCAAGACACUUCACCUCGCGUUGUCUUCGAGCUCGGCGAACUUUUUCGGAGAUAGAGUAGAAGUAAAAAAUAUGAAUAGUAUUCGUAACCUAAUGCGCGCAGCAGAAUACGAAGCCAGGAGGCAAAUUGCGCUGAUUGAAGAGGAAGGUGGUGGGGUGCGUCGUGAGACACGUUCAUUUGAUGCUGUGACUGGAACUACGAAACGUAUGCGCUCGAAGGAAGAAGCAAAAGAUUACCGUUUUUUCCCAGACCCUGAUCUUCCUCCUCUUGUUCUGUCGGUCAAAUUAAUUCAAAAGAUAAGAGCGUCAAUGCCCGAGCUUCCUGAUAAUUUAAAAAACCGAUUAUGUACCCAAUACGAUCUCACACCAUACGAAAGCUUGGUGCUGGUCAACGAGCCUGACGCAGCACGCUAUUUUGAAAAUAUUGCAAGUAAAAACUCACGACCUGCGAAGAUGGUCUCAAAUUGGGUGCUGAAUGAUUUGUUUGGACAUUUGAAGGCAGUUAAUGGAAACAUUGCCAACUGCCCGGUUGCUGCUGCGGAGCUUGGUGCCUUAAUUGAUCUAAUUCAAAACGGCACUAUCUCGGGAAAAAUUGCCAAGGAUGUGCUAGAGGUGAUGUUUUAUGAUAACGAAAUGAAGAAGUCGCCACAGCAGAUUGUGGAUGAGAAAGGCUGGAAGCAAAUUCAGGAUCCCGACGAGAUUCGUGCAAUUUGCCGAGCUGUUCUUGAUGAUCCGAAAGCGAUAACAAAUCUUAAAGCGUACUGGAAUGGCAAAACUCAACUUUUCAAAUUCUUUAUUGGUCAGCUGAUGAAACAAUGUGGUGGCCGCGUCCAUCCAGAGCUUGCAAGCACAAUGAUGCAAGAGAUUUUAAAUGAACGCAAAUAG